CCUCUUUUCACCUUCCCACACCACUUUAUGUUGACCACUCCAAUCCUUAUAAAAACACCCUUUCUCACACAUUCUCCACUUCCUCUCUCAAAUAUUCUCCAUGGAGCCCCUGAGACCCAAAAAUAUCAUGGAAGACCAGCACCAGGUAGCCCCACCACCACCAUUGCCGCUGCAGCCGCCAUCAUCUCUGCCACCCUAUGAUCUCCUCACACCCCCAGCCCUAAUACUUCCAUCAACCUCAAUAUUACAUCUUCCUCCUCCUCAUGCUCCGAAUAUGGAUCAACAAGCAGUGUUCCCUGAAAAUAUUGACUGGGUCAGCCUUCUCUCUGGUCAAAGUGGAUUGGUUGAUAAUUAUAAGGGCUUAUUAAUGGAAACCCGUGGUUGUGCACCAAAUGGAGGAGAAGAGAAGAUCAAUAAUAAUAAUAAUAAUGUUAAGGAUAAAAGAAAAUCAGGGAGCAGCAGUAGUAGAAUGAAAAAGGCGAGCAAGCCUCGGUUUGCGUUUCAGACAAAGAGUGCUGAUGAUAUUCUUGAUGAUGGUUAUCGCUGGAGGAAGUACGGCCAGAAAUCUGUCAAGAAUAGCAUUUAUCCCAGGAGCUAUUACCGGUGCACCCAUCACACAUGCAAUGUGAAGAAACAAGUGCAAAGGCUAUCAAAGGACACAAGCAUUGUUGUCACCACUUACGAAGGAAUCCACAACCAUCCCUGUGAGAAAUUAAUGGAAACCCUAACUCCUCUUCUGAAGCAGAUGCAGUUCCUCGCAAGGUUUUAAUAACUUCACUCACCAAAACCAAGCAGAAGCAUUUCUUAUGAUUCAAACUUCCUCUACUUUGUGCUUUUUUGCGUUCAAAUUGUAUAAACGGAUGAAGUACAUAAAAAGUGUUGAUAAAUAUGUACUUAAAUAAUACAUAAUUAAGCUUAUAAUGUAUAUUAUUCACCUCCCA